AUGAUGCAUACACUCGGUCAUCUGCAUUUUGAUAUGAUUCAUCUGCAUAAUAUCGAAGGUUUUUCAUUAACCGAGUUUUGUAAUUUUUUUAAUUCACAGGGUCCUCCUGGACUUGAUGGGAUGAAAGGUGCCCAGGGCGAACCAGGAAGUAAGGGUGAAAGAGGUGAUCCAGGACUUCCGGGUCCAAAGGGAGAUAAGGGUUACAAAGGAGAAGGAGGCCCACUUGGAAAACGCGGUCGUAAGGGAGAUAAGGGAGACAAAGGAGAUCAAGGAGUACCCGGACUAGAUGCACCCUGUCCUCUUGGAGCUGAUGGUUUACCAUUGCCAGGCUGUGGAUGGAGACCUCCUAAGGAGCCUCCUAGACCUAUCUCGCUACCGCCCAUACAGACGCAUGAUUUCGACAUGGAAGAUCCAGUAGAUGAGACCGAGGACUACGAGGAAGUCGAAGGUGAUGACUACGAGGACUACGCUGAAGUCAACCAGGCCCUUCCGUUGACUAACUAACAUGCUCCAUACGGGUGAUUAUUUCUGGACUAUGAUAGUACUUAUAGUGCAAGAAAAGACUCAGUGAAACGAUAAACAGAGUGAAUUGUUCUGCAUAUAUUUUAACUUCGUAGCCAUCAAUAAGUUUAUAGUUCAUAUACAUAUAUUUCAUUUGGUCCAUUUUAUGUUUUAAUUCCAAUUAGGAUUGUAAAUAUUAUUACCUAUAUUACAUCUGAAUUUGUUAUUCAACUUGUUAUAAGAUUCUAUAUUUGCCUAUGAUGAUAAUUUAUGUACUAUAUAUAGAAGUAAUUUAUGAAAUCAUUUCUCUUUGUCAUAGUUUUUGUAGCAUAUACCUAUAAUUAUUCUG